GUAAAUCAGCUGUUCCGUCACGGUCUUGGGCGGUGCAGUCGCUAGGCAACGCGGGAAAGAAGUAGCCUUUUAAAUUCUGUUGUCUAAACAAAACAUGCAAAGUACUAACAAUCAUUCAAAAGCUAUCAAUAGCAACAAAAACACACAAUUUAAGAAGAGAUUACAAUAAAACUAAAAUAAUGAGAGCCCAGAUGCAGCCCACAAAUACUGGCAGACUUGCAUUUGUAGCCGAGUGGUUCCACGUCGAGGCUGGAAUUACACACACUUAUCUACUUACAUUUCAUUUAAGCGAUGGCGCCGUCGAAGUGUUCGAUCAGCGAAGCAAAAAGACUUUUUUGCGACGAACCAAAAUCCCCGAAUUGACUCGACGCGAUUUCUUUGUGGGCUCAAAGAUUAAUGUUUUUGGACGACAAUUUGAUAUUGUCGACUAUGCAGACGAAAUAACCCGCAACACUUUGGCCAAAUACCGAAAGCGAGCAUUUGUGCUGCUCAAGAGCAGUAUGUGGCCAAAAAAUCUGGGUGAAUUUCUCACUACACUGAUUGACAACAAGAUCAAUAUAAACAAUGCAUUAAUGGUUCAGUUUACACCAAAAACAGUUACACAGUUUCUGUCCAGCAAGCAGGAUGACGAUGUCCACACAUCCGUUCUAAUGAACGAGCUACUGGCUGGACCUGCCAUUAGUUUGGAGCUAAUCGGCGAUAAUGUGGCAGAGAUAAUAUCAGCCUGCUCCAAGUACAACACGGAGAAUGCCUCAACAACCAUCGAACUGUCGAGCAGCAUGCAGCAGCUGUUUGAGCGCGAGGAAGUGCGCUAUGGCUUCUACUGCCCGGAGCGAGAAGAGAAUGUGCCCAAUGACUUGAAGUUCUUUUUUGAGGAGCGACACAGCAUCGCCAAGGAUUGUCGAUUCAAGAACAGCACACUGGCCAUUAUUAAGCCACACUGCAUCAAAGAUGGCUAUCUGGGACAGAUUUUAAACGAAAUAUUAACAUCUGGCUUCAAAAUAGAAGCAAUGCGCAUGCUGCUCAUGGCCCGCGUCAACUGCGAGGAGUUCUACGAGGUUUAUCGGGGAAUCUUGCCCGAGUUUAUACCCAUGGUGGCUCAGCUGGCUAGUGGCGUCUGCAUGUGCCUGGAGAUUGUUUCCGAGGAUCCUGAUAAGAAUUCGCAUGAAGAAUUCCGCAGCUUUUGCGGACCUAUGGAUCCUGAAAUUGCCAAGCUCCUGCGUCCUCAUACAUUGCGGUCUAAAUUUGGUAUCUCCAAGGUGCUAAAUGCCGUACAUUGCACGGAUCUGCCAGACGAUACCAAUUUGGAAUUGCAAUACAUGUUCAAGAUCCUUGAAUAAUUUUAGUUUCAUCUUUUAUUCUGUUUUUUCCAGUCACUGUGUGUGUUCGCGUAUGCCCAUAAAUUACAAGUAUAUUUACUUACAAAACUUUCUGAGAUGUUUUCAAUUUAAGUCA